AUGAAGCUUGUCGAUUUUCUUUUACCAACCGUCUCUCUCGGAGCUUACUGCCGAGGCGGUCCCAAGCCCGAUGCUCCUUUGAACUUGAGCCCCAUCUUGGACCAAGAGCCGACUUUCGUCAAGGAAGUUGAGAAUGGACGACUUUACACUGUCAACACAGGAAACAAUGAGGUAACCAUCGCUCACGUUUUCGGUACUCCCAUGGAAAUGGGCCGAGCCCAUGGUGAACUCUUGGGUGAAACUGUCAACAACUUCAUCGACGGUCUUUUCGAUUACAUCAUCGAUGCGCUUACCAAAGAGCUCAACGAUUUUGCACCAAACCUUCCGGAUGAUUUCAUCCAAGAUGUAGUUGAAGGCGGUCUUGACUGGGCGAUGGAUAGGACCAUCAAUAUCACCGAGCCCUACACACCAGACUACUUCAAUCAGGAAAUCGAGGGAAUCGCUCGAGCAACUGGCCUCUCCGCUCAUAAACUGAAGCAAGUUCAUAUGUUUGGCGAGAUCACCAAGGGAGCUUGCUCGAUGUUCGGUAUUUGGGACGAAGCGCUUGCAUCUGGCGAAGGUCUGAUCCAGGGACGAACUCUUGAUUGGGACAUGAACGGUCCCUUCAGAGAUUUUCCCCACAUCACUGUCUACCAUCCUUCCGAAGGCUGGGGCAACGACUUCAUCAAUCUCGGCUGGCCCGGUUGGGUUGGCUCCCUCACGGGCAUGAACGAUCAGCUCAUGGGUAUCUCUGAAAUCGGCGCUUCUUAUGCCGAUCAUACUUUUGGAAGAGAAUCUCGCCAUGGAAUUCCCUUCACCUACCUGCUCCGUGAUAUUCUUCAGUGGGACAAGAGCCUUGAUGAUACUAAGACUCGCGUCAAGACUGCUGAUAGAACUUGCAAUCUGAUCCUCGGAGUCGGUGACGGAAAGAUCAACGAGAUGAAUUCGAUCAGAUACAGCUACUCAGCUGCUGAUUUCUUUGAUGACAAGACUCUUGAACCAGGACCAUGGUGCAUCGAAGAAGUCCGACCAUGCGAUUGGAUGCCGCUCAUUGACAACGUUGUCUACCACGGAAUGGACUGGAACUGCCCAACUUACACCAGAAGACUCUCGGAAGAGAUUCAGAAGAAAUGGGGCGAGAUCACUCCUGAAAACGCCAUUUCCGACAUCAUCGCUCGAACUUGCACCGGUGACGUUCACAAUGCAGUUUACGACUUGACCAAGAACGACUUCUACUUUGCCGUCGCUUCUCCCCACGGAACUGAUUCUAGCACCAAACAGGCCUACAAGAACUCUUACUACAAGCUCGAUGCCGACAAGCUCUUUGCUGAAGAACGACCACGCCUUUAA